AUGGUGCUGAUCACGGACGACAGGGAUGGAGGAGGCGUCUCGUCGGUCCGGGUUAAACAGCUCCAUCAGCAGCACAAAGUCGGGGGAAACAUCCCCCAGGUCCACCCGACUAUAGUCGAGGAGCCGCUGUCCCACUCUGACGACGAGGACUAUCUGGGCUCGUGCGAGGAGGACGAUGAGGAGGAGGACGGCGGUGGGGAUGAAGACGACGAUGAAUUCGAAGAAGUUGACUUCGAGGACUUGGAGGACUGUCGGAGUAUCGCGUCGGACGACUCCUUCUACCCGCCGGAUGAUGUGUUCGCGGACUCGGAGCGCACCCCGUCUCCGGAAAGCCCGCAGCCGCUGUCCCUUUUCCAGGCGUGCUGCUCCAACAACGUCGCUAUCGUCCGGAUAAUGAUGCGGCACGGAGUGAAGGAGGAGGAUGUCACGGAGAAGGAUAGGAAUAACAGGAUAGGGCUGCUGGUCGCAUGUUACCAAGGUUUUGUGGACGUCGUCAUCGCGCUGUCUCAGUGUCCGUAUCUGGACGUCAACUGGCAGGACAGCGAGGGAAACACAGCUCUCAUCACAGCUGCUCAAGCAGGCCACAUAACAAUCACCAACUAUCUGCUGAACUACUACUCCGGUUUGGACAUCGAGAGGAGGAACUGCCACGGCUUCACCGCUCUGAUGAAAGCUGCCAUACAGGGCAGGGUGGAAUGUGUGCGCUCACUCAUGAUGGCAGGAGCCACCCUGAAUGCCAGGGACCUCGGCCGCCACUUCACUGCGAGGGAGUGGGCCUUCUUUACGGGCCGUUAUGAAACUGCCUGGGUGAUGACGCGUCUGAUGGAACGGCCCUGCCCGCACCAGUACUGUGAUACAUAUAGUCUAGAGUGGCCCCCACUGGCAUCACUGGCGGCCAAAGCCCAGGAGCCCCGUGGCUGCCUGAAGCGUCUGUCUGACACCGUGCGGAACAUCUUCAACAUCUCGAAUGUCACCAACCCGGAGGACCAAGGGGUUAUCGACCACAUGGUUUCUAUAACAACUGCCAUGCGGAGCCCAGUCAUUGCUGUGGCAUGCCAUACAGUAUGUCCAGACAGCCUUCCAAGUGUGGGUAAACGGCGUUAUGCAGUCCCUGAGAUCAUCCGCCAGCAGCGCGCCAAGGAGCUCCGCUCCAUCAACCCCGACAGGGUGGACAGCCACCUCAAACUCUUCCAGAACUCCCGGGUCACUCUGGUGGCCAAGAACACAGCGGACCGCCGGGCCAGCCUUCAGGCCCAGAGCCGGUUGCCUCGAGACAGGAGCUCCAGCCUGACCACGGUGGCUUAUAACGAGGCCCUGGAGCUGCGGAGAACCAGCCUGCUGCCCAUGCACAUGGUGCUGAGGAGGAGCAGCGUCAGGCCGGGGUUCAGCAUUCCCAAAGUGAGGGUCUCCAAGGCCCCCACGCCCACUUAUGAACCAGAGAAGAUACGGAGGAAGAGCAGCUCCAAAGAUGGAGGGGUGGAGCUGUUGCAACUACCAAAGUGGCGGUACAAGGAGCUAAAAGAAGAAAGGAGGAAAGCGGAGGAGGCUGAGAGGAGGAGGCUGGAGGCAGUAACCAAGAGACAUCUGGCCGGGAAAAGGAAAUAG